GCUCGGGCUUCGUUUCUCUUGGGUUGCCGUGGGCGAGUGUUGAGGACGGUGGUGGUGGUGUCGCUCUGCCGAGUGUUGGUAUCCUAUCAGCAGCGGCUCGAGGUGCUACUCAAAGACCACAGACUAUUGUUAGUGGGAACAAGUUGAAGCUUCAAGCCAAUCAUUCACCAUGAUGAAUCCGCCAGCCAUCGUCAUCACCUCUGCCUUCGCCUACUCGGAGAAACCUGUGCCCCUCGAGACCGGCAUCAAGGCGCGGAGGAGUUUCUGUGCACGGCAGCUGAGGAAAAUAAGCAAGGGCAUUCCUCCGGCUGUCCUUCUUCCCCAGCAGGAGCGCGCAGGACAAGCCUUCGGGAAUGUCCGCCGCUCACGUUCAGCGUCUCCCUCGUCAGCCAAGAGGAAGGAACUGACCAGUCCUCCUGCUUUGAAGAGAAAGUUCUUGCGGCAGGUGAAGCUUCCGCCGUUGCCCCAGAUAUCCAUCAGCAAGGGGCGGAAGGAAACCGCCAGGGAGGCGUCUACUAUGACCACACCGUCAUCAUUCGAGGAGGAACUUGCUGAUCAGGAGAAUCAGUCGCCCAACGAUCCAGAGUUUGUGCGUCGGGCUUCUGAACGUUGGCGGCGCAGGACAGGAGCCGUGCAGCUGCAGCCACCACUACAGCUGCUACUUCAGAGUAAUUGCUCUCUGCAGGCAACCUUUCAGUGGCCCAUCAGUCCCAGCCAGCAGUCAGUAGUGCAGCGACGAGUUUCGCCGCGACCCAUCCAUUACCCUCAGUCCCCCUUCAAUUCAAUGCCCACCUCACCCAUCCUCGGCCCCUCUCCCUUCAGAAGGUGCAGCACACAAUACUCCUCCCUCAACACUACCCACACUGAAUCCACUUUCAAGAGGUGCUCUCGAUCCUACUCCUCCUUUAGUUCCUUUUCCCGUCCCCGUGUGUCUGUUGGUGUGUGCGACCGUUCCCCGAGCAGGUCAUCUAGGCGGGGCAGACUGAUGGUGCGGGCUGGCAGGUCCGUGUCACCUUCCAGCCGCAACGUUGAAGGAGUGACACAAGCAUUACCAGAGCGACUUGCCCUCGAUGACACUGUGGCCGAGGAGGUAAAGAAUGCAGCGCGGAAGGAGCGACUCCUAGCAAACCCAGACCAGUUAUCGCUAACGGCGCCCUUUCGCCGUCUAAGUGCCAGAAUUCGCAAGUCAUUUCGCGGUUCCAAAAACGUGAGCAGCAAUAACAAAGGCAGUGACGACAAAAAUAAUACAAGCAACAACAGUUGCAGCAGCACAUAUAACAACAGCUCCAGCAGCAACAGUAUAAGUAGUAGCAGCAGUUACUGUAGUAACGAAAACACACCCAUGGAUUCAGCGUCAUCCUUCACCUCAUCCACCUCCUACCAGAGUUUUCUCUCUACUUCCUCGGGCUACUCCAGUGACUGCUCCAGCUCACCCUCUAGCCCCGCUAUCGUUCCCCGGCGGUUGUCCUCGCCGCCAGCCGCUCAUUCUACAGUUGCUGCUACGCUCCUGGCUGCAGGACGCCUCACCUUCCAAGACAUCUUUCUCGACGAGCCUCAGAUCGCCGAAAAGUUUGCAAUCAUGUUCCCGACAGAGCCGCGCCCGGAGUGGCACCGUCACCUGCGUCAGGUCAUCAACAAGGCGGGCCAGAAGAUAUUCAAGAAAGGCGAGCCCCAUGAAACCACCAUCCCAGAAAACUUACGCCAUCAACUGAAGCAUAUUUAUGUCUAUUAAUGCCAUCCAAUCAUAUUAUAUCUGUUAUAUUAUGCCCAGUCUCCUAUUAAUGUGGACUCGAUAGUGCUCUAUUGCAUGAUCUACAUACCCAUGCCUCCCCAUCCCUGAUCCCUUUCCACUCCCUUUUACCAAUUCAAUUCAAUUGUACUUCCUCACGAAUUCAGUCAUUGUUGUCCCAUCCCAGUCCUCAUCCCAUCCCAGUCUCAAUUAGUCCCGCCUAGUCUUUCACGUGUUGUGGAGAAGAGUUCAGCUUAUUCGUAAAGUAUUCUGGGUUCUGGCGCCGUACCCAACUCCACUUACACACGCAUUCACUGCAUGAAAGCUAUUAUACUCUCUCUCUCUCUCUCUCUCUCUCUCUCUCUCUCUCUCUCUCUCUCUCUCUCUCUCUCUCUCUCUCUCUCUCUCUCUCUCUCUCUCUCUCUCUCUGCCUGGAUCUUGUACGUAGGUAUUGCUAUCAGACAGCCUAAACUCACCCUGAGCCAGUUCAAAGAGGGCGCAACAGUCAUCUUGCCUGCGGCCGGGUUAACCCAAGCAUUUCCUCCUGUGUUCUCGCCAUCCUACGCGGUCUUAGCAGCACCGCCACAGACAGCAUCUCUUUCACCGGUAUACACGUGUCAGUCCUUCCCUUAUUGGUUCUGUGUCGACAUUUAUAAGAUAUUCUUUGUCCCUUAGUGUCACCAAUGACUGACACCGUAUAGUAAUUAACACCUAGCCCUCAUUUUGCGAGCUAGACUGACACCUUCAAGCAACAGACACCAGUAGCUGCUGGUUACUGGCACGUGCUGUUUAGAUUUCACCAGAGUCUUGCAGUCAGAUAACUAAAGUUGUAGUUGGCACACAGUAAUGCUCAGUGUCCUCAUACAUUAGGCUGUGUCAGUUCUUCCUCAUUUGAACAGACUACAUGCGGAAUCUAGCUGUUUCUAGACCAUCAUCAGCAUCCAAUCUUUGUAGCGUCCAUAAAGAGCGUCCAUCAACUUCACUCUUUUUCUAUAGUCACUCGCUGCGUAUACAACACACGACUGGACUUCCCAGUGCAGCCAGUCAUGACACUCCAGCAUCACAUAUUGAUCACUCCUGUCCAUUAACUCGCCUGUCACGUAUCGCGCUGCUAUUCAUCAAAUACACCCAAACAGAUGUUGGUAUCACUGCACACAUGACAACAUGACAGUCUCAAUCAAUACAAGCAGAUCUGUGCCUUACAAUAUGAUCAUAUUGUUAUUAGUUGACUCCAGAUAGAUGUCGUUUUAUACAUUAUGUAAAGUCAGUGAUGCAAAGACUAUUUUAGUGAGUGUGUGCGCGCGUGCGUUUUAGGCUGUUUUGUACUGUAUAUAAUGGCUGUUGAAUUUGUCUACGCUGUGUUUUCAAUAUUCUACUAUUCAUUCUUUACGAUAUCGCAAGAAGAGGUGGGGGCAAUGUAAGGCCAGCCACUGUCUUCUUUGCAUCACUCCCUUUCCUCAUUAUCAUCCAUUAUUUUUUCUUUAACUUGAACAUUUAAUAUGCACAGAUAAUAGUGUGCAUUAGUAAAUUAUGUGUGUGUGUGUGUGUGUGUGUGUGUGUGUGUGUGUGUGUGUGUGUCCACUACUGGCGCCACGCAGUCCAGUGGUAUAGGAGCGAUUCGCUGCCGCCUCCUCCACAUUGACGUUAUUAUUAUAUAUUUUAUUUCUAUCUUAUUUUAAUCAAUGUGCGUUGUUGAGGCGUUCAUGCGUCUAAGGGUGGUGUCGACCAGGGCCAGGAGGUGCAAUGGUCCUCCAUAGUGUCGACAUGAGGAUAGUUUUGUCCUCACCAAGUGUUCGUGGGAGGUUUUGUCUUUAAUGUAAUUCUUUUGGAGUCCGUCUUGAAUUGUGAAGUAUGCACCGCGAACUGAGCUGCGUGUAGGGAAUGGGAAUUUGAGGUGUUGCAGGGGAGACUGUUUUAAAAGGAUGGGAGAGGUCACGCAUUGCUCGGUCAGCGGCACAUAUUACACCUGACGGCAGAUCUCAGGGAACUGUAUGAUAAUUAAAUAUAAACUGAAAAUAUAUGUA